GGCGCCCGCCAAGUUGGGCGGUUGAGGCGAGGGCGCCGCUUCCUCUUCGCCCUCCCGGCGCUCGCCGCUCUGCCCGGCUCCGCCGCUCUCCCAGCAUGGACAACAAGCCCCUGCUGCAGGAGCGGCCCCCCGCCUACAGCCCCGCCGCCCAGGGCGCGGUCUACGACUACGGGCAGAACAACUACGGCGCCAUCCCCCCGCCGCAGCCCGGCUUCCAGCCGCCCCCGCCCUACCCCUACCCGGGCGCCGGGACCGCCGCAGGGUAUGCUGUUCCUCCACCAACAUCACAGCCAAAUUACUCGAGCACGUACACCAUUAUUCAACAGCCUGCUACCACCACCUCUGUCGUAGUAGUUGGCGGCUGUCCUGCCUGCAGGGUUGGCGUGUUGGAGGACACCUUCACCUGUCUUGGUGUUUUGUGUGCCAUUGUAUUCUUUCCAAUUGGGAUCCUGUUCUGUCUUGCACUGAGGCAGAGAAGAUGCCCUAAUUGUGGGGCAGCUUUUGGCUAAGGGGAUGAAGGUGGCCAUGCUUAUGAAAGCUACAACUGUUAGCAUACUCUUUCUAAUGUAAAUGUCAUGUACAAUCGUUUUAUUUGCUUCAGACCUGUUUUGUAAAGUGUGAAGAAAUUUAGUCUCCUGCAUGUAAUUUAAACUUAAUCUUUUAUGAGCAUGUGCAUUGCAAAACAUGAAAACCCAACCUGUUUUCCAUGUUUAGUGGCACCUGUUGAAAACUAAAUAAAACUGCUUUCCCUUUUGCAAUCCUCAA